AUGGAGCAUAACAAAUGUCAUGAAAAAAAAAAAAUGGAAAAAUUUGUGUGUCCUAAACACACAUAUGAAUACAAUGAAGAUGAUAGGAAAAAUUUGGGAAUAGGUUAUCUGAACCCUGAAUUUCUACAUGACGAAUUGACAAGAUUAAACAUAUUUACCAUCAUAAAAAAUGAAAUAAUAAACGUACUGUCGGUUAUUAAAAAGCACGAAUAUAAUAAAAAUUUGGACUCCAGCAUUGUGGACGCCCUGUUCAUCCUGUACAGCAGCAUCAGCAAUUUGACCAACAGCUUGAAGGAAGAAAUAGACAUACACGAAUUUAACAAUAAGCUAGAUAUAUAUCAUAUAGCUCCUUUUUUAAAUAUUAUAAGAAAUAAUAACAUUUUUUAUAGAAUAAAACUAAACGCUUUACAUUCCUUGGAUCACAUAUUACAGUAUAACAGUAGCUAUUUCAAUGAAAAAACGUAUGAUGAAAAUAUUUCUAAAAAUCAGGACUCGAACAUCUCCAUCGAAAAUGAUCAGGAUGUCAAGCCUAACCAGAACAACCACUUAAAUAUGAAGGCACUAAACGAUGCACACGAAAACAAUUCUACAAAAGUGAGUGACGAAAAGCAUGAUGAUAGCGAGGUGCUAUCAUCCAAGAUGAGUGAAAAAAUCCCAAGGAAAAAAAUAUAUAAUUUUUUUUCAAAAAAUUAUAAGUUAACUAAAAAAUUCUCUGAUAAGAAGGAAGAUAAUCCCGAUUUCUUAAUUAACAAAGGGAACAAUAUCAUUAAUGUGAGCAUAGAAACGUUACUCUCUGCACCUAUUAACUACAACAACAUUAACCAUGAAGAAAUUAUACUCUACGAAACUGUCAUUUUGUUUAAUAAUGUGCUAUAUAAUGCCAUCAAAGUUGUUGACAGGAAAAAUGUUAUAAAAAUAAUUUGCUACAUUUUUAAAAUAUACAAGAAUACUAAAUAUUCCCUGUUGUUUAAGGGCAAUUGUGAAUCCAUCUUGAAAAACAUUUUCUACAUUGUCAUGAAUAAUCUGACCAGUAGCACGGGCAGCGCAAAUAUGAGGAGCGGUAACAGUUCUACUGCCGACACACCUAGUAACGUUAGUUUAAAAGAACCUAGCGACGCUCUCACAAACCAAUCUAGCAACACCUGUGUGAAUGCAGCAAGCCUUCCAGAUGACGAAUUAAUGCACGAUUUGUUAACCAUCAUUCUGAUACUAAUGAACAGCAAUAAAAAUAAGUUUGUCGAAGAUUUAUUAAAAACGAAGGAGUGUAUUGGCUUGUAUAAUGACUUGUUUGAAAACGAAAUAUCUAGCGACAAUAUGGAGUGCAUUAAUGUGCUGUCUUUCACAUUGCUAAACAUUGUUUUAGAAACAUGCGGAUACGCCCUGAUAAACAAAAAUUUUGAUGCCCUGGCCAACAUAAUAAGGUGCCUAUUUUUGCACAUCACCUCAUCGUCUUAUACCCUCAUGUGCAGGUCCAUGAGAACUUAUAUAAAUAUUUUUAUCCUUUAUAAGAAGCACUUUUGCAUUUACAGCGAAGUCUUUAUUAAUAUAUUAUUAAGCAUACUGACGAAAUGUUCUUCCAAAAACGUUGCAGAAACUGCUUUGCUAACCUUGACCUAUUUUUGUCUAGAAAACGUGCUAUUUGAAAUAUAUUACAACCAUGAUGUUAAUUUGUACGCAUCCGACCUGUUGGAAAAUUUCAUAAAAACCGUACUAGAUUUGUGCGUCCAUUUUAAUCACAAUACGACGAUUAUAAAUGAAGUUAUUUUUAAGAUGAUAAAGAACAUUUUGCACAUAAUAAUCCCAUGCCUGGGAACUUGUGGCACCACCGCAGCUGUGAGCACCAACAAAAGUGGCACUAACGUAUUGAAUGACCAAAACACUCGAAUGGGUGACAUAGGUGGAUACACAAAUCAACUCAUUAGUGAAUUCAGAAAUGAUUUAUACACAGAUAUUUUUGGCUAUGUAAUCCAUUCUGGGAAAAUCGAGCUGCUCAAAGGUACAUCUGGCAUUAGAAAAUGCAUGGAGAAAUCUGAUGAGCAGAGAAAAAUGGAAAAAAAAAAAAAAAAAAAAUUACUGAAUGAAGAAAGUGGUGGCAAUAAAAGCACAACCUUGAUAGGAUACUCCAACGAAUCCUCCAAAGGGGAUGAGCAAAAAAAAGACGAAGGAAUUCAGCAAAAUGAUAGUAAAGAACAUCCCGCUAAACAUGGAGAUGACACAGAAAACGCUCCAGAAAAACAGGAAUCCAAAAAAAGUAACAUGAAUGAACUGUACACCCUCAAUUUUCUUACAUCAAGCAAGGACAAAAGCUAUGUCCUCCUUUGCUCCAUUUUACUGUGCGAAUAUGUUAAGGAGUCUAUAAAAGUGGACUAUAUUAAGAAUAAGGAACAUUUGAUGAGAAAAAAAAAAAUAAGAAAAGAAAUUUUAAAAAAAUCAGCAAACAUUUUUAACACACUAAAAAAUAAAUCCAUCGAUGAGUUAAUCAAAAUGAAAAUGAUCCAAACGAGGGACACGUUCAGCCAAGUGGAUAGAAAUGAUUCUAUUCUCGCUUCGCUAAUGACAGGUAAACAGGAGCAUUUCAAUGCACAAUCGAAUCACUCCUAUGACGAGAAGUCCUGUCCUUCCAGAGAGAUGGACACAGAAAAGCACAACAGUGAUGAAACUCAUGGAACGCCACAUGUUGCUGCUUCUAACAAUAAUGAUAAUAGCGCCAACGUGUCAAGUAAUAGCAGAGAUAUCACAUGCCCCGGAGCGAAUGUCCACAGUGACAUGAAUAGUGCAGAGAAGGAACCUAACGUUUGUCAAAGGAAUCUCCAUUCUGCAAAAGACCAAUCCAAUGGUGACAUAAUAAAAGGUGCAGUGGAACAGCUUUUUAAAGAUCAUAAGAGUAAGGGAUCACUAAGCAGCAGUUGUGACAAGGGAGAGAUGGAUAACAGUAACGAAAGGAACGAGAAGAGAGAACCCCUUUCCCACGUCGAAUCGUCAGGAAACCAAAAUACUAGCGGAACCACGGAUUGUGGCACCAACACGGGGGAAACAAAAGCGUCUGUGGUGCAUUCGGAGGAUGCGAACGCCAAAAAUGCAGAAAACGAUUUAGAAGCAGAAUGCAGGAUGCAGCAAAGGCCUAGCGAUGCGAACAGUGCGGACGUAAGCAACACGGAGAAUAGCGAAUCACAAAAUGUGAUGAAACGAAACAGCGUUGUCAGUAACACCCAAGGGAACCUAAUGGAGGACCCACACUUUUUGAAGUCCAUAGCCAAGUUCCUGAGGUAUAAUCCCUUCCUAGAUAAAGAAUAUGUGGGUGAAUACAUUUCUCACAGAAAAAAUAUAAAUAUUUUGAAGUGUUACGUGCGACUGUUUGACUUCUGCAAUUUGUCCUUACUGUCCUCGUUGAGAUUGUUCUUGCACUGUUUCAAGCUGCCAGGAGAAGCUCAACUAAUCGAGAGAAUAUUAGAACAUUUCAGCUUGUGUUUUUUUUAUUCGAAUCCAAUUUGUGGAGACUUAGAUAAGGUUUACCACCAAGAGGGUGACAAAGUUGAGUGCUUGUUAAAGGAUGAGGAGCUAGCCAACACGAAGAGGUACGUCUUGAUCGAUUUCCUGAAUGAUAACGCACACGAAGGGGCUAGCGGAAACGGUAGUAAUAACCAACCAAAUGAGAGCGGCGAAUCGAAGCAGACAGAUGGAGACUCACCGUGCGAGCAUAAAAAAAGCAGCUCCGAAAAGAAGAAGAAGAAAAAAAAGAAUAUCUCGCAACAUAGCAAUGUGCAGGAAAAAAUUAAUCUAAAAAAAGACGUCGACAUGCAUGAUUAUAUUCACAGACAUGUGUUCCCCAUGUCGAAGAAAAUACAAUUGAUGAGCGAAGAGGAAGUGCAGAAGAAGUACGUCAUUGUUGAAAAUAGCGACGUUAUAUUUAUAUUAACCUAUUCCAUCAUUAUGUUGAACACAGAUUUGCACAACAACCAGGUAAAGAACAAAAUGAAAUUGGAAGAGUUUAUUAAAAAUAACAGGGGAAUAAAUAACGGAAAAAAUUUAGAUAGAAUAUAUUUGGAAAAUCUAUACAACUGCAUACUGCAUGAAGAAAUUAAGCUCUUCUCAAACACACAGAGCACGUACACAAAUGACAAUCAGUACUGGAAGUUACUCGAAAAGAGGAAAGAGCAGUACAAAAAUUAUCAUUCAUUUAAGGCAAAGGAGGUAUACUUUUACAAAUUUGACAUAAACAAAUUGUUAAUUAAAAAUAACUUCAUUCCGAUUUUUUUCCAAAUUUUCAAACGUACCAAUGAUUACAAUUUAACAGAGAAUUGUCUGAGCAUAUUCAAAAUGGCCAUAACAAAUUUUGCCUACUAUCAUGAUGUGGAUAAUAUAAAUAAAUUAUGUUAUAUAUUUAAAUACAUCAAUUUUUAUUUGACGCAAAAAUCACAGUCAUUACUGUACCUCUUAUUUCAUCUCAUCAAAAGAUGCCACAAUUUAUUUAGAGACGGAUGGGCAAUGUACAUAAAUGUUUUAUGCAAAUUAAUUACCAUAGAUUUAGUCCCCAUCUUCUUUUAUCCUCACAUGUAUAUUAACAGUGCCCAAUUUAAUAACGACAAAGAUUUCCUCCAUAGAAAAUACAAAAAGGGAAACUGCGUGGAGACAUAUAAUAUCAAUAAAAGCAUAACAGAGAUUUAUCAGCACCCACUUUUGAUAUUUAAAAAAAACAUUAAAAAAAUGAACAGGUCAAAAUGGAUUGAUGAAUUCAGUAGUAUGUUCUUUUCCAGACAUAGCAAUAAUGAAAAUUCCAAUUUGUCCAUCAUAUUUAGGGAAAGCUAUUCUGACAAACUCGAUGAGGAUAAAAAGAAAAGGAAAAAAAAAGACAAAACACAGGAACAUGCACAUAAGGAAAAAACGAUUAACACGUCUAUCAAUAGUACAGAAAUAAAACAAACGGAUGACGGAAACGAAGACGAUGAUGAUGAAAAUAAUGAUGAGGAGGAGGACGACGAUGACGAGGAUGAUGAAGAUAACCUCAACCAUAUAUAUGUACAUAUUAAGGUAGACCCCAAAAAUGUGGAUAACAGCUCCAUCAUAGAUAGUGUCACCAUAUAUAAAAGAUUAAAAUUAGAUAUUUACAACUUUUUUACCGUAAACGAUUUUUAUAACAAUAUGAUUACCAAUUUGAACAUCACCAGUUUUGUAUACUUGAUCAAAAUUUUAAUGAUUAAGUGUUCAGUUACCAAGCACAGUGAACGCAACAGCGCGGCUCAGGGAAGUAGAAGCGAUCAGCAUAACUCAGGCCUAAGAAUGCCAAUUAUAGCGAAUCACAAUUUUAUGACAAAUGAUAAGAGCGCCGGCAUGCAUAACGCCCAAGAAAAUAUUAAUGACUCUAAUCCAGUUUUAAUAAAUGCGGAUAACUCCUUCGAUUUGUUUUGCAACACCAAGGAAAAACUGCUCACAUCACAAAUGCUCUUUCACAUUAUGUAUUUUAAGAUUAACUACACAUAUGUGUUGUAUAGCAUGAUUUGCAGAAUGGGUAAGAGGAGCUCCACAAAAAUAUUGAAGGAAGGGGCUGCUCAACCAAAGUGUGCAAAAAUGAGGUGUCCGAUAAAUUUAAUUGUGGAAAAAACCCUAAGGGGAGACAAGCAUCUAAGCGCGGUAAAGAAGGAAAAUGACGAAAAAAAAAAAAAGAAUCGAUAUGACCUCACAUUGAAUAAUAUUUACGACACGGACAAUUCGACGAACGUCACGUCUAGCGAUUCAGAAUUCAGCGACAUAUCUAGUGACUCCUUUUUUAUAAGAAAGAAUGACCUAAUGGCUGAAGAAAAUCGAAUCUACGGAGAUGGAGCUGAGCAACAUAAGGGGGAUUCCCAAGAAGAACAAGGGGAGCCGCAAAAACACAAGGACGAAUUUGAUAUGAUUUACUCGUACGCCAAUGAUGACGAUAGUGUCAGUGGGCAGGACGCCUCUGAUGAAUACAGCUCCGACGAAAGCAGCGAUGAGAGUUGCGAUGAGCAUAACGACGCCGAAGCGGAUUGCAAACCCCCCCCUGCGAGUAGCACUCAGAGCGCGAAUACACACAACCCGAGCAAGUGCACGCCAACAGAUAAAGGAAAGGAGUUUUUAAUGGACAAAAUUAAGAUGAACUUGUACUUAAAAACGUACAUUAUGCACCUGAAAAUUACCGCAAUUACAUUUGAGCAUUUCUUUAACCUCCUAAACAAGUUCCUCCUAAUCAACUAUGACAGUAGCAUCUUUGUGAGCAUUUAUAAUAGCAUUUUUGAGGACUACCAAAUGGAAGACAUAAAAUUUGUGGCGGAAGAAGACUUUGCAAAUGAUGACAAACUGUCCUACCAGAUCUAUGAAGAAAAUUUCGAAAACAUCGACAAAAAGUUACAUUACAAGGAGGAAAAGGUAGCCAUAAAUGACAUAGAAAAGAACAUGUUCCUUAUAAAAAUUCCCAAGACGGAAACAGAAGAAGAACAAGAAGAGGAUUGGUUAUUCAUUGAACAUCUUAUCAUGAGCAUCAUCAAUUUCUCGUACAUUUGUUUUAGUAUAUACAAAGACGACAAGCAAAAAAUGAGCAAAAGGGGAACAAGCAAAUUGAGUAGUGUACACAUCUUCGAGGAUAGUAGCUAUGCACGCCUUAUGGAAAAAAACAGCAAAUUUUUUUUCCUCUGUGGAAUAUACCUUAUGUACAUUUUACAGUUCCUGAAGAAGAACAUUUUACAUCGAUUCAUAGACAAAAUAAUUUACAUGUUGGAGAAAAGCUCGAAGAAUGUUUAUGUGAACAGCUGCAUCAUUAACAUAUACCUGCACAUGUUGCAACUCAUCACACCAAAUAAUAUUCUGUACAAAAAUACAAACAACACAAAUAUUUCGUUGAAUGAUAAAGAUAUUUACAUUUACAUUGAAAAGGCUACCAUCUACACGGAAAGUAUUAACAACAUUAUUAACAAUAAUAAUGUGCUGCUAAAAUUGAACAAUUUUAAUAUUGAAAAUAUUAUUCUCUCCCUUCUCCCAUAUUUACUAUAUUUUAAUAACAAGAAAGAAGAAAUUAAUGCACAUAUCGCGUCCAUUAAUUCAGAGUGCCUUCACAUUAUUUCGAACAUAUAUUAUAAAAGUACGUACAUGUAUAUGAACAACUCGAAGAAAACAAACAAAGCAAACGACACCGACGGAUAUUGCCAAAAUGACAAUUACAACUCCAGUUUGUGCAAAAAGUACAAGGACAAUAUCUCAUUUGAGAACGUUAUCGAGCUGAAAAAGAAGUACAUCUUUCUUCUCAUAUGUUUUGUUUUGUCACUGGCUUGCUCCUUUAGCUCCAAGAGAACCAGAAGUGAAGCCUACAUAAAGCUGCAGCAGUUUCUGUUUAAUGAGAAUUAUAUUUUUACAAAGGUGAAAAAUCCCAAUGCGGACAACUCUGCAAGUAGCGCUAGUAACAAAACUGAAAAAAAUUCCAAACAGGAAAAGUGCGUAUAUAGGGAUGAAAAGUUGAUAGACUUGAUAAGCAAUUUUAUCAUCCUGCCACUAAUCACGUACAAUUAUUACUUCCCCUUUAUAUGCAAAAGUGUGUAUUGGGGAGAGGCAUCCGGAAAAGGCGAGAAGGAGACUACAAGUGAAGCGAAAGGUUCCGUAAACGAAGCACAGUGUAAUCAGAACGAACAGCCAAACACAGCUGUGCAUGCGAAGAACAAUUACUGCAAGGGAGCCCUCCUCAACUUCAACCUGUACAACAAAAGGAACAACGACAUAUCGGACAACAUGUGGAAGCAACACGAAUACGAAAACUGCGGUUGUAUUAUUAAUUACAAAAAUAUAGAGACGGUGGAUCCGGACCUAAACGUGCUAACAAGUUUGUUCAAUUAUGCAAAUGAUUAUUAUAUACACACUAUGUUACAUAAACAGUACAAUUACUACUUCAGCUACUUGUACGCCAAGAAAUUGCUAAGCUAUGACAACGUCUGCUACAGGAAAAGCAUGAGCAUAAGUUUCGUGAGCCAUAUCAUUUUGUCGUUCCUGCAUUCGUUACUGAAUUACGCAGGGGAUGGAUGCGAGCAAAGCGUUGCAGGAAAUGAGGAGCCCCAUAAUGACCAUGGCGAACCCACUAAUGACAAAAACGAUUCUACUUCAUCAGAUGAUUGUAGAGAACCGAAUGACAUCAACCUGUAUGAUCUUCUCUGCCUGAAUAUUGACAAAUCGUGUAAUAAAAUUGUCACCAAAACCAAAUGUGAAAAUAAUUGCAUCUUCUACUUUUUGAAGCAUUUUUACCACGCACUGCUAACGAUUAAGGAAGAAACGACGAAGAUUUUAAAUAUUUACAAAGAGACCUUUAUCGAGAAUAUUAAAAAUAUCAUCUACGUCUCAUCGUCCUAUGCAUACUGCUUGAAGGAUCAUCGCGUCAACUGCUUUGCGCAUAUAAAAAAUGGUUAUUCUUUCCUAAAUGAAGAGGAGAAGAAGCUGUUAAAAUCAUACAAUAUGGAAGCUGCAGAAAAGGCUGAAAACGCACUCGAGUGCGACAAGGAAAUUAUUGAAAACAUAUCAAAGUUGCAAAUCAACGUGAGGAUUAGUGUCGUCAUCGUUUACUACAUUAUGUACACAGAUAAUAACCAAAAUGAGCAAUUUAAAAAUAUUUUUGAAGAGUUACUGAAUGUCCUGUUGACCAAAUAUAGCGUUAAGGCAGAAUCACAAGACAAUGGUGCGGAUGUUAGCGCUAAGUCGGAAAAUGCACAUGAUCAAACGGAUCAACAGCCAGAAAAUUUACCCAAUGAACCCAGUAAGACCGAAGAAAAUGCAGAAACGACGAACCUAGAUGAAAAGGAGGAACCAUGUGACCAAAAGGCCGAAAAGGUCAACGAUGAUGAAAACAUACAAACGAGCGAACAAAAUGAAGAGGCUGAAAAGUGA